GACAAUUCCAAAGAUUUCAACUUCAAAAAUGACACAACCUCACUUUUAGGUGUUGGUGAGGUUUUAUUUAAAAUAAUUGAAAAAAUUCAGGAAAUCAGUAUUUAAAAUUAUCACCUACAAUGGCGUUGAUCGCAAGUUACGCAAAAUCCGUUAUUCAAGCCGUCCAAGUCUGGACACCACAAAUAGUUGCUGUUCGGUUCAGAUAUCACUCAGAAAGAAUUGCUGAAGGGCCUCUGGUUCGAAGGCAUGGGUAUAAAGACCCAGUGGAGUACAGCGGGCUUUUGCCGAGAGUGAAGGAUUCGGCAAAACUGCCUAUGCCAACCUACAAACCAAAGGAUCACUGGAACGACCGGAGAGCCCUAUUUGGCCAAAAUGACUACAUUGAUAUAUUAGGAAACGAAAGAAUACACCCGAGCCGGAUAUUAUACAAUGUGCCGCCUUGGCUCCGAGGUGUCGGAGGCCAUGAGUUCCAAGUAAUGAUCCGUAAGCAAAAGAUGCUUUACAAAACAGCCUAUCCAUUAGCGCGUCCGACCAAAUGGUACCAGUUGCAAAAGAGAAUUAGAUUUCUUCAUAAGUAUUUGAAUACGAAGACUAAAACUAAUUAUUCUCAUCAAUAGACUGUCUACUUGUCCACUGUA